AUGACGGGGAAAGAAGGGGUCGUGCUGUCGGAAAGUUUAAACAAACCGAAAACAUCCUCAUCCUCUGAGAAUGGGGGGACAAACAGCCACCAGCCAUCGAAGACAAAUGUGACGCAUCCUCCCAGAUGCACGGGAUUCGGGAUCCAAGAAAUUCUAGGGCUGAAUAAGGAGCCUCCGUCGGCCCCACGGAGCACAUUGGAGUCUCUACCGGCUGGGGCGCACCUGCUGGCGGCCAGGUCGAUGCUCGGUCCCGGUGUUGGAGUCGGGAUGGGAUUAAUUGGCCCAGGAGGAAUCCCGUCGUUUUACACCCAACCUGCGUUUUUAGAGGUCUUGUCAGAUGCACAGAAUGCACACCUGCAGCCCCUCAGCAGGACUAUGGGACCGUUGGACUCCAGCCAAACUGCGAGCUCUGAUUCAGAUGUAUCUUCCAGUGAAAGAAGAUUAUCAAAGCCGUCACUGAGUCAGAGCAAGAAACGGAAGAAAAGGAGACACCGAACAAUUUUCACCUCGUACCAGUUGGAGGAGUUGGAGAAGGCCUUCAAUGAAGCACACUACCCAGAUGUGUACGCACGGGAGAUGCUAGCCAUGAAGACAGAGCUACCCGAGGACAGAAUACAGGUCUGGUUCCAGAACCGGAGGGCCAAGUGGAGGAAGCGAGAGAAAUGCUGGGGUCGCAGCAGCGUCAUGGCAGAGUACGGCUUGUAUGGUGCCAUGGUGCGUCACUCCAUCCCACUGCCUGAAUCCAUUCUCAAAUCUGCCAAGGACGGCAUCAUGGACUCCUGCGCCCCCUGGCUGCUCGGGAUGCACAAAAAAUCCAUGGAGAGCACUGUGGCCCCGACGAGUGGAAAGCCAGAUGUCACCCAGCAGCCAACCAAUCAGAAACCCGAUGAACGAGAGGUGGAGGAGAGGAGGACAGAAAGCAAGUCACCCAUUUCCAAAGAGGAACUGAGGGAGAACAGCAUUGCUGCACUCAGGGCAAAAGCACAGGAGCACAAUGCCAAGGUGCUGGGGACUGUUUCAUGUGAUGGACCGGGGAACAAGAUGGAGACGGAGGCAGUGGAGGAAAAAAACGGAGACCCAUUAAGUCCAGUAGAAGAGGAAAAAAGUCCAUAAAAUGUUUACUUCCUAAGACAAAUGACUUUCUUUGUACUUAAGAAUGCUGCG